AUGUCGUUGAUAUGGGUUGUGGGUAUUCUGUCUAAUCUCAUCAUUGUGCCUGUGGUCGGAGCAAUCACGGACAGAUCAACAUCGAGGUGGGGAAGACGGAGACCAUUCAUGAUUGGUGGCGCAGUGGCAGCUGGUAUCGGCUUGCUGUUGUUCGGCUGGGCAGAGACGGUUGUGGGCUAUUUUGUCCGUGAAGAGCCUCUGAAGAGUCGUAGUACAAUCGCCGUUGCUGUUCUCAGCAUGUACACCUUCGACUUUGCACUCAACACUGUCGGGUCGUCUUCACGGAGUCUUAUUGUUGAUACUCUGCCUUCCAGUCAACAACAAGCGGGUUCAGCAUGGGCAUCUCGCAUGGCUGCCACAGGCCACUUACUUGGCUACUUUAUAGGCAGUCUUGACAUAGUGAGUAUUCUGGGUUCUGGCUUCGGUGGCUCCCAGUUCAGGAGCAUGAUCUUGAUUGCCGUUAUGACGCUUAACUUCGCUAUUGGCGUCACAUGCAUUUCUGUUUCCGAACGGCGUCUGAUGCCCUCUGCAUCAAGUCAAGCCAAACCUGCUUUAGCUGUUCUCACCGAAUUAUUUCAACACGCCAUCAAUCUCCCGCCUAGAAUGCAAUCGAUUUGCUGGAUACAUUUCUGGUCAUGGGUCGGCUUUUUCCCUUUCAUGAUUUACAGCAGUACCUGGGUUGGUGAAACCUAUUAUAGGUAUGAGCUUCCAGCCAGCGAGUCAGCCUCAGGGUCGCAUGAUGUCUUGAGCAAGGUCGGACGACUUGGCUCGUUGUCGCUGGUCAUUAUGUCCACUGUUCAAUUUACUGCUGCUGUCGUGCUGCCAUAUAUGGUUGAGUCUCCCAAAGGGGCCCCCGGGACGGCUUCGUUCACGCCACGCCUGCCAGAAGGCUUAUCUAAAGCAUUCGAGGGGGGGUGCCUGCACGUAUCAAAGUUUCGACCCAAUAUGGUAACAACUUGGAUGAUUGGGGAAUUGCUCUUCGCCUCAACCAUGUUUUGCGCGCCGAUAGUACGAAGUCUGGCAUUUGCUAUGACAAUUGUGGCAGCAGCAGGAGUUCCAUGGUGUCUGGCCAGUUGGGCACCCUUCGCCGAAAUGGGGGUGGAGAUUAACAACAUGAGUGGACUGGAGGAUUCUACAAUGAUGACCGCAAACGGCACAUACCAGGCCGUUCUGGCAGAAGAUCCAGUCGAGGUCAAUGACGUAGAUCUGGAGAGAGAAGUGCUCCAUCAUCGUCGUCAUUCUACUAGCCUCCUCCGACCUGAGCCGGCGUUGACCGAGCAUGAGGACACUUUGACCGGGGAACAAGCAGGUAUCUACAUGGGAGUUCUCAAUGCUUGCAGCACGCUUCCCCAACUCUUGGGCACCUUUGUCUGUUGGGCCAUUUUCAGCAUCUUAGAACCGGGGAAAGACGAUGUGUCGGACGACGACCCUGAUCACAAAUGGCUUGAUUUGAGGAAAGAUGCACCCAACCCUAUUGGAGUCUGCUUUUUCUUCGGGGGCUGUCUUGCACUGGUGGCAGCAGAAUGCAUGAGGAGGUUGAGAUCGAGCGACAAAGCAGUGGAUGCCUGUCUUGUCCAAUAA